AUGAGCCCACCGACUAGCCGCUCGCUCGUGCGUGCGAACCCCGCGUUUUUCAUUCCUCGCACUGCCUUCCUCACGCCCUACACGAUGAGCCGAUCGCGCAGGCCUGCCCUAUCCGCUGCUCAUGCCCUCACCCGAUCAGCACGGCUCACGAGCGCACGGACGCAUGCAAGAGAUGGCGACACGGCAGCGGCGACACUGCAGGAGGAGGGCAGAUAA